AUGUCCCCUGAAUAUGCAAUGGAAGGGCAAUAUUCAACAAAAUCAGAUGUUUUUAGCUUUGGUAUUAUAUUGUUAGAGAUUACUAGUGGCAAGAGAAACACAGAUCGUGACAAAGGAAGGGUAUCCCUAAACUUAAUUGGACAUGUAUGGGAUUUAUGGAGAGAAGGGAAGGCCUUGGACAUUGUGGACUCAACACUUGGUGAAUCAUAUCCUAUUGAUGUUGUACUUAGGCAUAUCCUAAUUGGGCUUUUAUGUGUGCAAGAAAAUGCCUUCGAUCGGCCAUCCAUGUUGGAAGUUAUUUUCAUGCUUGGCAAUGAAGUCAGUCUUCCCACUCCCAAAAAACCAGCAUUCCUAUUCAACUCUGCUAACAAUUUGGAUUCAGAAUCAUCUGGAGAAUCUUCAAUGAAUGAAAUUACUAGCACUACAAUAAGCGCUCGUUGAC